AUGUCGGUAACGGCGCCAGAGGAGCCCUUUCGGGGGCCGCUUCUGAGGCUCGACUCGCCGGUCGCCGUCGCGUAUCUGGACCAAGGCAACCUCGUCACGUUCCUCGGAGGUAUCGAGCACCCGCUCUCGCUGCUGUGGCCGGCGCGCGCGUACAUUGCGUACUGCAUCACGGCCGGCGCCGCGUAUUUGCACGCGCAGAACGUCUCGCACCGGCGCCUGCACACGAAGCGCGUGCUCCUCCACAGCAGCAUGGACGUCAAGCUCUGCGGCCUCUUUGACACGAGCGACGCGUCGCCGAUCAAUAUUGGCCUCGACAUGUGCGCACUUGGCACCAUCUUCUUGGAGCUGGCGGCCUUUGCCCCGCGCGAGGCCCACCCAAAGAACGCGAGCAGCAUCAACCACGCAGAGACCGACUGGUUUCACGCGCUGGCGUAUCA